UAGUAAACAAAAUAUAUGUAGUCUAUGUAUAAUUUAUAUGUAACAUAGUAUGUCUAUGAUUGGCCACUAUGCAAAUGAACCAAAUUUUCAAAUUUCUUUCAAAAUGUGUUUUGACAGUACAUACUAGAUACAUAAAAGCUGAAUUAAUGUUAAAAUUAGGUUGAUACAAAGACUACAAAAUAUUUGAAAAUGAGUAUGCUAUUUAAUUGUGGUGUUUGUUGUAUGCUUUUAAGUAUUUGGGCAGUAGUGCAACUGGUUGUCAUGGGAAUUUUCUUUAAAAUGGAGGUGGUUGCUUUUAUUGAAGAGGCUGAGCCUGAUCAUCAUGGCUAUGAAGAUUUUGAGGACUUCAUGAAGCAAACAGAACAAAAUUAUAGUCUAAUUGCUAUGAAUUGUUGGAUAGGCGCUGCAAUAUACUUAUUCAUGAUCGGCGUGUCCUAUUUAUGUAUAGUCAAGGCGAGGGCCAAGGAUAAAGCUUCUGCUGAUAAUUCACAAGAUGACGAGGCAUUUUGCAAAGAUCUUGCAAAAUCUAAGAAGUCCUAACUAUUUUACGUACCUACAGUAUUAUUUUCAGUAAGCAAUAAAGUUAUUUACCUCUAUUAUUUGUGUAAUUAACGUUAACGUAAUAUUUUAAUAUAAAAAUUAUGAAUCGGCAAAGCAUUGGAGUGUAGUAGGACGUAGGUACACCCGUACGCCUUGUGAAUAAAUGAUACAA